AUGGUCAUAAGAGGGGUCGGAUGGUGUAAAGCGGCUCGCUUGCUUUACCGUCAGAUCAAACCGAGAACAGUACUGACCACACGUGAGCAACGAAAGUGUUAACAUAAUCGAUUGUAAAUACAAAUUAUAAAUACAAUGAGUGACAUUUAGGGUGUAAACAUACUAGUAUGUUGUAAAAAAAUAUUUUAAUAAAGGUGUUAACAAACUAGUGUAGUGUAUGUUUAUAAAAUGGCGGUUUCGCAUCAGUGGUUCUUACAGUGGUCAUCACCUUCUGUGGUCUUUGCGGAUAUUUCAAGACAGUAUGAUCAUGUACAUUCAAACUGGAAUAAUCAUCACUAUGGACGUGUAACCUACAAUCCUCUUGAUGCUCAAGUCGUGGCACGAAACAGCUAUCGUGAAAAACAAAUACAACAGCAGAGAGUGAAUAAUAUAAUUAAAUAUGAUAGAUAUCGUCCAUUAAAUGUUACCGAUCGCAGUCGUCCUGCAGCGCUGACUCUAUGGCUGGCGAUGCUGGGGCUCGCGCGGCCGCAGUCGGUGCCCGCGGACUCCGAAACGCCGCCCUUCAGCACGCUCUACAAAUGGAAGACGAUCGACUUUGAAUUCCCCAGCGUUCAGCAUAGACGCAGAGCACUUAUCUCCAGGGCAUACAUUCCGUCUAACGUGCUGCCGCUGGGGCUGGAGGUGUGGGGCUCGCGCGUGUGGGUGACGCUGCCGAGCUGGCGUCGCGGCGUGCCUGCUACACUGGCAACUGUUUCCCGCGGCGGCGGAGUCACCUCCCCUGCCCUUAAGCCAUACCCCGAUUGGAACUACCAUCGUGCUUUUAGCGAUGACGUUAACUGUUUCGGGUUGACGUCGGUGUUCCGAGUGAGUGCGGACCAGUGCGGCAAGCUGUGGGUGCUUGAUUCUGGGCAGAUCGACUCUCAGGACAGUCCCAAACAGAUAUGUCCGCCGAGCGUGGUCGUUUUCAACAUGCAAACCGAUUCUAUGAUAGCUAGAUAUCCAAUACCCGAUGAAUACGUUCUCCAAGACUCCUUGUUCUCUAACAUAAUCGUCGAUAGCAGGCAAGAAGAUUGUUCAGACCUCCAUCUGUAUAUAGCUGAUACCUGGAGAUUUGGUCUACUAGUUUUUAGACAUAGCGAUCAAAAAUUUUGGAGAUUCUCUCACCAUCUUUUCUAUCCUGACCCAUUGGCCUCAAAUUAUACACUGCACGAUCUUAACUUCCAAUGGGCCGACGGUAUCUUUGGGCUCGCUCUAUCUCCGAUUAAUAAUGUUGAGGAGAGGACGCUGUACUUCCAUUCGAUGUCUAGCUACCGAGAGUUUUCAGUAACAACGGACGUUCUACGCCAACCUGCCCGUGUGAACGACAGUGCAAAUGCUUUCAAACUAGUCGGCGAGAGCCGGGGACUGUUUGGACAGUCGUCAGCCUCCGCUAUGGAUAGAAAUGGUGUCAUGUUUUACGGAUUGGUUUCAAAGGACAGUAUCGGUUGUUGGGAUUCUCAGAAACCGUACAAUAAGAAGACCAUGGGUGUCGUAGCUAUGAAUACGGAAACCCUCGUGUUCCCCAAUGAUAUAAAAGUAGACCACGAACAGCAGCAGAGCGUUUGGGUGAUAUCUAAUCGCCUGCCGAUGUUCCAAGAUGGGAGCUUGUCUGACGACGAUUACAACUAUCGUAUAAUGUACGUGGACACGACACAAGCUGUGCAGGGUACAAUUUGUGAUCCGCAGCUACAAUUACCUCCUUAUUCCCCGCUUGUAACAAACGAAUGGUUGCCAUAAUAUGAAUCUAUUUAAUUAACUAUGCUAUAAGUACUGUACAAGUGAUAUUUUAGUAUUAAAACUUUUUGAACAGUACAAAUAUGCGAUGUUUUUUUUUAUAUUAC